AUGGAUGUCUGUGUCUCCCCUGUGUUCAGUUCCCAGACCGACAACACUAACGAGAUAGAACUAGUUCUCACAGAGGAGGACAACCAGCCUGUGGAGUGGGUGGUGAUCGACCCCGAGGCUUUUACAGGUAGUAACCCUACGCCUUAAACACCUUGAUUGAUGUGUUCUUUUGUGAGGGUAUGAAAAAUAGAAGAAACAUGAAGGAACAGAGGAUAACACGAGGGCAUUAUACAACACGACAAUGAAUAUUCAUGAAAUCCUCAAUAAACGUUCAAUCCAUUGUGGGUUCUGUUCCCUAAAAACAAAUACAAAGCUCUCUCGUUCUCUCUCUUUUUCUAACCAGAAUUGGAUAAUUUUCUAAGCAGCAUAUCUGGAAGCCAUGACACUAUUCAUAUUAACUCUAGCUCUCUACUGUUGCCAGAGAAUGAGGAGUGGAUCAUUAAGCACAGGCCUGCUAAGAAGCUUAUCAACCAGCUCUUCACUAAAGAUGAGUUAGAGUACCAGGAAGUGGUGUUCUUCCUGAUCCUCCAUCAACUGACUGACUCUCUCUGUGGUUGUGGGGGUCAAAGUGCAUCGUGUCCAUCAUGAUCCUCCUGGCCCAGACUGUCUUCCUCAUCCUCAUAGCCAAGAAGGUUCCAGAAACCUCCCAUGCUGUUCCUCUUAUCGGAGAGUAAAACCACUUUAACCACAGACAUCCUUUAAAAUGUGUUAUUGUAUGUAGUAUUAUUGAUGUUGUGAACCUGGAUUGUCUCAAUGGCUUCUGAUAAUAUAAAGGUGAACAUGUCUUUGCAGGUACCUGCUGUUUGUAAUGUCUGUGACCACCAUCGUAGCAAUGAACUGA